UCGUUCUGUUGCUGGUGGGGUGACCGCUAGCUGGUCCCAGUCCUUCCGUCAUGGAUAACGAGGACAAUGUCUUUCAGAUGUUUGAAGCCCAUAUGCAGAACUACAAGGGCGAUGACCCACUUGGUGAAUGGGAAAGUUAUAUGCGGUGGGUAGAAGAGAAUUUUCCUGAGAAUAAAGAAUACUUGGCAGCAUUAUUAGAACAGUUAAUGAAGACGUUUUUAGAAAGGAAGAAUUAUCACAAUGACCCAAGAUUCAUCCAUUACUGUCUAAAAUUUGCUGAGUACAACAGCGACCGUCAUCAGUUUUUUGAGUUUCUGUACAACCAAGGGAUUGGGACCCUGUCAUCCCCUCUAUACAUCGCCUGGGCCGGGCAUCUGGAAAACCAGGGAGAGCUGCCGCAUGCCAGUGCUGUUUUUCGGAGAGGACUUCAAAACAAGGCUGAACCUAGAGAACUACUACAACAACAGCACAGGUUAUUUCAGAAACGCCUCACCGAAACGCACUUGCCAGCUCCAGCUAGAACCUCCGAACCUCUACAUAAUGCUCAGCGUAUAAAUCAAAUAGUAACAUCUAACUCAAGUCCAGGAAAUAAGUUGGCGUGCAUUUCUAAAACUCAGGGAUCAGAACUUGCUGGAAUUACAUCUUCAACAUGUGAUAAAGAACUGAAUACGGAACAAAGAGUGGUCAUGAUUUCUAAAUCAGAAUAUUCUGCGUCUUCGACAGCCAAAGCUGAUGUUAAGCAAGUUGUUAUGUAUUGCAAAGAGAAGCUUAUUCGUGGAGAAUCAGAAUUCUCCUUUGAAGAACUGAGAGCCCAGAAAUAUAAUCAGCGGAAAAAGCAUGAACAAUGGGUUAAUGAAGACAGACAUUACAUGAAAAAGAAAGAAGCAAAUGCUUUUGAAGAACAGUUAUUAAAACAGAAAAUGGAUGAGCUUCAUAAGAAGUUGCAUCAAGUGGUGGAAACAUCACAGGAGGACUUGCCAACCAUUCAGGAAAAACCUGAGGUUAAUACAGUAUGCCAGGGGCCAGACAUAGGAUCCCAGGAGGAACCAAGACAAUCACCUCUUCCAGUUGUACAUCCGCAGACUUCAAGCAACACGAAAGAAAAACCCAGCGAACCACCUUCUGCCAAACCACCCAUGACAAAUGCUGCUGUUACUACUGCUUUCAUGUCCCCAGCCAUCAGUCAGCUGGUAGCUCAUCCUGUGCCUUUGGCAGCCCAGCGAAUGACAGACUGUGGAUUGGCAGUAGCUCAAAAAGAUGCCAGUGCGUCUCAAUCUUCUCUUCCAAGAUGUGUGAGUAAAAGUACUCAUGAAUUCAAGCCUCAGAGUGGAACAGAAAUGAAAGAAGCAGGUGAAGUACAUAAGUUUGGCAGCACAAACUCUUUUCAUACAACUCCAAACACAUCCCUGGGAAUGGUUCAGGCAACACCAUCCAAAGUUCAGCCGUCGCCCACGGUUCACACAAAAGAAGCACUAGGUUUCAUCAUGGAUAUGUUUCAGGCUCCCACACUUCCUGAUAUUUCUGACGACAAGGAUAAUUGGUCAUCUCUAGAUCAAAAUGAAGAUGCAUUUGAAGCCCAGUUUCAAAAAAAUGCACAGUCAUCUGGGAUUUGGGGAGUCAAUAAAAUUAUUUCUUCUUUGUCUACUGCUUUUCCUGUAUUUGAAGAUGGAAACAAAGAAAAUUAUGGAUUACCACAGCCUAAAAAUAAACCCACAGGAGCUAGGACCUUUGGAGAACGCUCUAUGAGCAGAUGUUCUACAAAACCAAAUGAAGUGCCACAGGCUGAAGAGUUUUUAGAUGAUUCAACAGUAUGGGGAAUCCGCUGCAACAAAACCCUGGCACCCAUUCCUAAGAGCACAGGAGACUUUACAUCUGCCGCUCAGCUUGCAUCUACCCCAUUCCACAAACUCCCAGCAGAUUCUGUGACCGCUGUAGAAGAUAAAGAAAAUCUGGUAUCGAACCAGUACAAGCAUGUGACUUUAGGUUAUUGUGAAGAAAACAGGGACCCCUCAAAAUCUAAAAAGUUCAGUCCAAUUCAAGAAAAAAGCCCAGAACAAGCAUUAACCACAAGCAUACCCUCAGCACCUUUAUUCGGUGUGAUCCGGCCUGCUGCAGGCAGUAUGCUUACCAGUGAAACAGCGCAAAGCCUCGAGGCUUGUAAACUCACAGACCCUGUUGCUGCCAUGGAAGAGGACCCUCCUGACACCAGUGCUGGGCUCCAAGCAGAGCAGAUGCACAGCAGUUCAGACUUCAUUGUUGAAAACCCAUGGGAUAAUACACUGAUUCUCAAACUUUUAUCUGGGCUUCCUAAACCACUGGAAUCCUAUCCAAAUACUUUUGAAUGGCAAUAUAAACUUCCACCCAUCAAACCCAAGACUGAAUUUCAAUUGGGUUCCGUUGUGAUUUAUGUUGAUCAUCUUCUUGGAGAAGGAGCCUUUGCCCAAGUAUAUGAAGCUACGCAAGAAGAUGUGAAUGAUGCCAAACAUAAGCAGAAAUUUGUUUUAAAGAUCCAGAAGCCUGCCAACCCCUGGGAAUUCUACAUUGGAACCCAGCUGAUGGAGAGACUAAAGCCAAGUAUGCAACAUAUGUUUAUGAAAUUCUACUCUGCUCACUUUUUCCAGAAUGGCAGUGUACUAGUAGGAGAGCUCUACAGCUAUGGGACAUUAUUAAAUGCCAUUAACCUCUAUAAAAAUACCCCUGAAAAGGUGAUGCCUCAAGCUCUGGUCAUCUCUUUUGCUAUCAGAAUGCUCCACAUGAUCGAGCAAGUCCACGACUGCGAGAUCAUUCAUGGGGACAUUAAGCCAGACAAUUUCAUACUUGGAAACAAAUUUUUAGAGCAUGACGGUGACGAUGAUGAUUUAUCUACGGGCUUGGCAUUGAUUGACCUGGGUCAGAGCAUAGAUAUGAAACUUUUCCCAAAAGGAACUACAUUUACAGCAAAGUGUGAAACAUCUGGAUUUCAGUGUAUUGAGAUGCUCAGUCAGAAGCAAUGGACCUACCAGAUUGAUUACUUUGGAAUUGCUGCAACAGUGUACUGCAUGCUCUUUGGCACUUACAUGAAAGUGAAAGAUGAAGGAGGUGUCUGGAAGCCCGAAGGUCUUUUUAGAAGGCUUCCUCAUUUGGAUAUGUGGAAUGAAUUUUUCCACACCAUGUUGAACAUACCAGACUGUCAUCAGCUUCCCUCUUUGGAUUUGUUAAGGCAAAAGCUGAGGAAUAUAUUACACCAACACUAUUCAAAUAAGAUUAGGAGUCUGCGUAAUAGGCUAAUUGUACUGCUCUUAGAAUGCAAGCGUUCACGAAAAUAACAAUGGAUAGAAACACUCCUUAGAAAUAACUUUAUAAAUGCUAGCUUCUCUUUGUUUGUGUAAAUGUUUGUUAAAAAUAAAGUUGAUAACCUUUAUUCAUGCAACACAGUUGUAGCUAUUUCAACAAGAUACAACACAAUGAGGUCCCCGUAUAGCAGCUAAUUUGGCUCCUUGAGGAUUCAGGCACACAUGCACGAGAAUCAUUUGGAUGUGAACACUAUCUAGAAAUCAUUUCUUAAAAAUUUUUUACCUGGAAACUAGAAAGGGCCGAGAUAGCAAUUGUGUUUGUUUAAAAUAGUGAAGUUCUACAAAUAUUCAUAGGACUUAAGAUGCUUUUGAGUAAAGUUUGUCUAUCCUUUAUUGUACCUGUUUUUCAUUGCUACCUAUUACAGGUAUAAAUUCUAUUUUUUUAAGAGCCAUUCAAAGAAAACUCUCAAAUCUUUAAAAUAAUCUAAUAAUCCAUAUAAAUCAAUUCAAUCUAAAGCCACAACACUCAAUUCUACAUUUAUUAACUUUUAAAGCAAAAGGGCCUGGAAGGGCCCUCCUAACCCUAAACUGACCUUCCUGCCCGCCCUCCCUUCUCUCUGUGCAUAGCGUUCUAGUGGACACCAUUCUCCCCAAGGCCCAGAGCUAGAGAGGACUACUUUGUUUCCUUCAGCUCUCGUUGUAGCCACCAUCUUUCACAGCCCACUCGGUGAAGUCUACGUCCGAGUCUGAGUUCUCUUGAGAAACAAGAACAGCGAAGUUCCUGGAAAUGUCCAUUAUUGUCUAAAUUCCAUUUUUCUGUGGUCUUGUAUUUUGUUUUGAUUAUAUGUGCUUGCUCUAUCUCUUUACUGUUUAUAGCUACUAACCCCCCCCCUUUAUAACUAAUUUCUGUCACUAUCCCAGAUAUUGUUUUCUCUCUUAAAUUUUGAAUCAGAUGCAAAAUAAAUUUUUCCAACUUUA